AAUAGGAUAAUAUUGAUAUAUUUUUUUAACUAUACCGUCAGAUUUUGUGAUAGAAUUUGUUAGUUACUUUUAAAAACCCUAAAACCUUUAAACCCUUGAAUCUCAGUUUACUUCACAGAACCAGAUAAUAUCAAUCCAUGGCUUUUGCUUGUUGCGUACGCAAGUCAGCAACUAAGCUCGCUUCCGUAUGUGGUCGAGUCCGGUCUAUCUCCGCGGUUAUGAACCAUCCGUCUCUAGAUUUCAACCCCUCUCCGAUGAGUCCUUUCGUCUCUCGUGGCUUUUUUAACUCGAUGGCUGUUGAUAAGCUGAGCCCUGAGCAAAGCCUUCACCUUGUGAUUGACUCCGAGCUCAAUUCUGCUUUGCAAACCGAUGAUCCCAAUUUAGAGCAGAAUGAAGAGAUGGCUCCAGGAAGCUUCCCUUUUAAAAUUAGAGACAAGCCUGGAGAUCAGAGUGUAACAUUGACAGCAUAUUACAAUGAUGAACAUAUUCAUAUUGAUGUAGGAAUGCCUUAUCUUGGUGAUGAUGUCAUUGAUGUGUUUGGUCCUCGUAAUGAUGAACUAAGUUUUCCACUAGUUGUGACUGUUACCAAGAAGAACGCAGUCAGGAUAGAGUUUACCUGCAACGCUUAUGCUGAUUAUAUUGACUUAACAGAUUUAACCGUGCAUGAUUAUCCCUUUCCAAUGGGAGAAACUGACUGGCCUCGUUUCAAAAACUUGGACGAUAAUCUGAAGAAGGCGUUCCACAGGUAUCUGGCGACCAGACUUGAAGCAAGCAUAACGAAACUCUUGCACAAGUACAUGGUGGGCAAAACAAAGCGAGAGUACUUGUUAUGGUUGAAGAAUGUUAAGAAGUUUGUGGAUGGAUGAAAGGUAAUAAGUUUGGAUAUUGCAAAAAAGAAGUCUCUUCUUGUGUUAGUUGAUAGCAUUCAAAUGUGUUUUUAGCAAUUUUAAUAAGCUUUUGAGAAUAUAUGGUAAUUCAUGAUUUUCAAGUUCUUAUUUGAGUUUGAUAUUCA